AAACAAACAUACCGGAAAAGAUUCCUUAUAGGUGCGGAUGCAAAGAUGGCGGAAGACGAGAGCCAAUUUGAAGAAUUUGACCAAAUAGACUUUUUAAGAGAUAGACAUGUACGAUUCUUCCAGAGAACACUUCAGGUGUUACCUGAGAGAUAUGCCUCGCUGGAAACAACCAGGUUAACUAUCAUAUUUUUUGCCCUGUCUGGUCUCGAUGUGCUGGAUGCUCUGGAUGUGAUUGAUAGAAACACUAUGAUUGAGUGGAUCUAUUCCCUCCAGGUUCUACCCACAGAGGACCAAGUUAACCUCAGUCGUUGUGGGUUUCGAGGAUCGUCACAUAUUGGAAUUCCUUACAGCACUAAGGGGCCAGGUGUGCUCCAUCCAUAUGACAGUGGCCAUGUAGCCAUGACCUACACUGGGCUGUGCUCGCUGCUAAUACUGGGAGACGACCUGAGCCGGGUUAACAAACAGGCCUGUCUGGCUGGUCUCAGAGCACUGCAGCUGGAGGACGGCAGUUUCUACGCAGUGCCAGAAGGAAGUGAAAAUGAUAUACGGUUUAUCUACUGUGCAGCCAGUAUCUGUUACAUGCUGGAUGACUGGUCAGGCAUGGACAUCCAGAAGGCCAUUGAGUACAUAAGGGGAAGUUUGUCCUACGACAAUGGGUUUGGCCAGGGAGCUGGGCGAGAGUCACAUGGUGGCUGGACGUACUGCGCCAUAGCGUCUCUGUGUCUGAUGGGUCGGCUGGAGGAGGCCCUAAGUCAGCGGGAGCUGGACAGGAUCCGGCGCUGGUGUAUCAUGAGGCAGCAGAGCGGCUUCCAAGGGCGGCCCAACAAACCUGUAGACACAUGCUACUCCUUUUGGGUGGGAGCUACGCUCGAGCUAUUAGAUGUGUUCCAGUAUACGAACUUUGACAAGAACAGAAGCUUCAUCCUGUCCACACAGGACCGGUUGGUUGGGGGAUUUGCCAAGUGGCCGGACAGCCAUCCAGACCCUCUCCAUGCCUACUUAGGGCUGUGUGGUUUGUCUCUGAUCGGAGAGCCCAGUCUGAGGAAGGUCCACCCAGCUCUUAACAUCACCCAGAGAGCCUUUCAGCACGUCCAGCAGCUGCAGCAGACAUGGAGGGACAGCACUGGCAGCUGCAGCAGACAGCAUUGAAAGCAGGAUGUACCACAGCUCUGUCUCUGAACAGGUUCAGUAAUCCGGAAUAUCUAACAGUAGUCAGUCAAAGGCGACUGGAAUUUUGCUCUGUGUCUUGAAGACGUUUGGCCACUCAUGUGAGAGGCAUCCUCAUUUCAGAAAUCAGGAAGGUAUUGAAGAGCCCCGUUACAUGUUCGUAACAUUGGGGAGCCUAUUUGAAGUCCAUCAAGAGUGACUUUUCUGUUAAGCGAAAUACACCACACUUCUUUUUUUUUUUUCUGCCUUUUGAUUAUUAGACCGUUGUAAAUAACAAUGUGCGUUGUAGUUUGUGGAGAAAGUGAUGUGCCAGAAAGUCAAAAUUUGGGUCACUGGAGACUCGAAGAAAUUCCAGAUGCCUCGAUUUUGCUAACUUUUUCAUGAUGCAGUUUUGGAAGCUUCUUGCUCCUCGUCAUAGUCAACAACACAAUAUGCUGUAAACCUUCCUAGCCAAGGGUGAACUGCCUGACUUCACAUGGACAUAAGAAACAUCCUCAAAGUUAAUUGUAUUCACUGAGACCCUGUGGAGGGCAUGGGGAACAUCUAACGUGUGUCUUCAAAUGGUUAUGGAGUAGCGGGUGGCUUCAGCAGCUGACAGUUAUUAGUGGGCUGAAUAAAGUCCUGGUAUAAGAGGGAAAUAUAGCAAAUAAGUUCCUAAUUUAUGUUCACAAACCAGUAUAAUAACCAGUGGUACUUGUAGGGGUGAAAUAUGAAGAUUGUAAAGACAAAAUUGGAUGUUUCGUUUAGACAGUAUUUUUUUGCCUCUCUGCCCCUCAGACAUCUCCGUCCUCACGUUGCUUUUGAAGCUCAUCAACGCUUCAAGCUCUCCAGUCCCAAAGGUGAUAGCGUCCUUGCGGGUAAACUCUCCCUUGUUUCUCCCAUCAGGUUCAACGUACAGGCUUUUUUUCAGUGUUCAAGAGAUUUUAACAAUAAUAGAACUAGGGGGGUGAAAUUCAUGGAAAAGGCAGCAUAGAGCCAGCAACCACCCCAAGGACCAGCUUUGUGACUGGAGGGAACAAUCAAAAACUGGUUGAAACAAUAUUAAAUAAAUAAUAGUUUUGCUACAGGCCUUAUGAUUUCUGCUCACCGAAAACAUAAUUUAGUGUUCACAUCUUUCCCGAGGCUAAAAGAAAAAUAGAUUGGUCCUCUUAAGGGAAUUUGCUUUAAAAAAACAAGACAAGGUAGUAGCUGUUAAUUUUAGCAGCAGAUCCCAUCCCGACAUCCCCUGACUUCUAACCCUGGACUGAUCUGAGCUACCCUUCUUCACCAGCUCCCAUACUCCCUGAAGGCACUGGCCAGGCGGAAAUCAAUGGGAGAAAGACGAGACCGUGGCCUCAAACCUGGGGAAAUGAAUUCUUUUGAGCAGCACUGGGAAUUGACAUGUUAUUUUCAGAACAGAAAGGACGCAGGGC